UUGAUAACUAGGAAUAUGAUCGAAUUACAUUCAUUUUCGCUUUCCGGUAGUUGCUUUGAUUCUCUCACAACAACUGGUCUCAUGACUCUCACCAGGCUUGAAUAUCUCACUGAAUUAUCUUUGAUAACUAGGAAUAUGAUCGAAUUACAUUCAUUUUCGCUUUCCGGUAGUUGCUUUGAUUCUCUCACAACAACUGGUCUCAUGACUCUCACCAGGCUUGAAUAUCUCACUGAAUUAUCACUUAAUUAUAACCCACUGUUAACGAAUGAAACACUGGAAGCAUUAAUUAGUGGCGUAAUCGGAUUACGAAGUUUGAGUAUAGCAUAUGCUGGUUCCGAUACAAGUUUAACUGAGGAUGCUUUAAUUCUUAUAUCACUGUUGGUAAAUUUAGAACGACUUGAUGUCAGUUCUUUGGCGGGUGUUACGAACAAAGUAUUAUCAAAAAUAGCUAUAAGCUGUGUAAAGCUGCGUUCUUUGCGAUGUCGUAGCUGUACGUAUUUGGGGAAUGAUGGUGUUUGCUCACUCUCGCAACUAAAAUUAUUAGAAUAUCUUGAUUUAAGCGGAUGUUUGCUGGUAACCGAAGAAGCCAUCCAAGUGUUGGUAAAUUCUUUUCCGAUUGCGAAGGAUCCAAAUUACAAAGAUGAUCUGCGGGCAACAACUAUCGUUAUCGGUGGGACGAUUUGCAAUUCAUCUUUGCUAAAAAUGCGAGAUAGUCGGGUUGUGCUUGAUUUGAGUGAUUAUAGCAGUCUUUCAAGUACCGCUACCGCUCGAAGCAUGCUGUCCAGUGCUUCUCGUUUGCUUGAUAUAAAUGUCAGCUCCGACGGUGAUACAUCUGGCGAUGAAUUUGAAUCUCUGAACACGCAUAGAUCGUUUAUAAUUGAUGCACUUCAUGGAGAAGAAGACGAUUCACCAUUGGAAAAUCAAAAAUCUAUAAUAAAGUGGGCUGAAGAAGAAGCGCAAAAUCUAGGACUUCUGACGAAAUAG